GUAUCUAAAACACCAACUAAAGCAUUUACAUUUUCAAUGACUAGCGCUUUGACAAAUAAAAGUAUUACAUUUUUACUGUGUGAAGUAGAGGCUUAUACAGAAUGCAGUGAAGGAACCUGGGGUGAGCAUUGUAAAAACGAUUGCAAUGAAAAAUGCCCAGAUAUGUGCCGGUUUGAUGACGGUUUAUGCAGUAACACUUGUUUCGGAUACAGUGACCCACCAAGAUGCAAGAAAGCAUGUGAAGCAGGCACCUGGGGUUUAAACUGCACAAAGUCAUGCAGCAAGCAAUGUUUCAAUUCUUCAUGCGACAGACAAACUGGAUUGUGUGACCAAGGAUGUUUGGGAUAUAGUAAUCCACCUCAAUGUAAUAUAGUGCUCAAGAAUAGCAAAAGUAUCCCAAUACAGACUAUUAUAAUCAUUGCGGUAUCUGUAGCAUCAGCAGCACUGUUAUCUAUAGUAAUUUGCAUUAUAGUCUUAAGACUAAAAGGAAAACUUUGUUUGCAACGCAGAGAAAACGUGCAUCAAGUUUCAGAUCCACCAAUUAUUCCAAAACUUUAUAGCAGCCUUCAAAAUCAAGAACUUGAGAAUAACGUGUAUGAAGAAGUUAACCCAGAGAUUGCAACUAAUUUGUAGUUUAUAAGUGUACUUAUCGAAAAAAAAAAAUACUGCAAUGAAUGAAGAUAAACAAUCGAUAGAUAAUGUAUGCUGCCUUGACGGCACAAUAGACUAAAGGGCAGAUGAAGUUGAAGUCAUGCUGGUCAAAGAUAUUUCAACAUGAAUAUUUAUAACAAUCAGACUUCAGUUACAAAGAGAAAGAGAGGAUUGUCUUUUAUGGAUUCUUUUUUUUUUUACAAGGCAUACUUGUUUCCUAGUAAAUAUAUAAAUAAAAUAUUAACAUGC